UCUCUACGAGAGUUCAGUGAAUCUGUGGGCCAGCGUCAGCGAUCACCGCAUAAAACACACGCUUCCAUUGGAUUCUACGUUCGGCAACACUGUGCUAAAUAAAAUUAAAUUUCAAAGUAAAUACAUUUUGUAAUUUACAUGUUUACAAUUCUGGAUUAAAGAUACCAGUCAUGUCCACAGAUUUUUACAUCCGCUAUUACGUAGGACAUAAGGGAAAGUUCGGUCAUGAAUUUUUAGAAUUCGAAUUUCGGCCUGAUGGAAAACUCCGCUACGCUAAUAAUUCUAACUACAAGAAUGAUACUAUGAUCCGGAAGGAAGCGUAUGCACAUCCAUGUGUAAUGGAGGAAUUGAAACGUAUUAUUUUGGAUUCUGAAAUCAUGCAUGAAGAUGAUCAUCUGUGGCCGCAGCCAGAUAGAGUCGGGAGACAAGUAAGACUUUUUCUAUUCUUUAAAACCAAAACCCUAUUGUCUAUCUUUUACUCUUUUCGCGAUCUCUAUCAUUAACAUUUUUGGCUGGUCGGAGAUCUCACAUGGAUUUCGCCAUCCCAAGUCAAGUGAAGCUCUAAAUUUCAUCUGCCACUACCAGCAGCAAAGGGAUUGCUGAAAGAAUUGAGUUGGAAUGCUGUAUGCAUAACAAUAUUGUUUAUAUUAUACAGGAUAUAACUUAAGAAAAAAAUUCUUUUGCCAAUAGAAAGCCUGG